GAAAAAAAUGAAUUGAUAACGUUGAGGCGCGUUGCUCCUUGAACGAAUUUUAUUUUUCAAUUAAUUAACAAUUUUUACAUCAUUUGCUAUUAAAAAUGCACUUUUGAAGCUCUUCCUGUACUCAUUUGAUGAAUUUUUCAUAGCUCCAUUCCUACAAAUACAAACAUCCAAUUUCACUGUUUUUAUUGCCUGGGGUUAAUACUAAAUCAAAAUAUGGCGUGGAGUUCACACGGUCGUUCGAAUUUGGAUCUAAUCAAAAACCUCAAAGCUAAUGGUAUCAUCAAGUCAGAGCGAGUAGAAAAUGUAAUGAAACAAGUUGAUCGUGGAAAUUAUAUAACACAUAACCCAUACAUGGAUUCUCCUCAAAGCAUUGGAUAUGGUGUAACUAUCAGUGCUCCUCAUAUGCACGCAUACGCUUUAGAAUUACUUAAGGACAAAUUAGUUUCCGGUGAAAAAGCUCUAGAUGUUGGUUCAGGAUCAGGCUAUUUAACCGUAUGUAUGGCUUUAAUGAUUGGAGCAAAUGGCAAAGCAAUUGGUAUCGACCAUAUACCUCAACUAGUGAAUAAAUCAAUUGAAAAUGUUCAAAAAGAUAAACCGGAAUUAUUAUCUUCAGGGAGACUCAAAUUAUUAGCUGGUGAUGGAAGAGAAGGCUACGUACCUGAAGCUCCUUACAAUGCUAUCCAUGUUGGCGCUGCAUCUCCAUCAUUACCUGAGAAGUUGGUGAGCCAGUUAAAACCUGGCGGCAGAUUAAUCGUACCAAUAGGACCAGCAAGAGGAAGUCAAUAUUUAGAACAAGUCGAUAAAAAAGAAGACGGAACCGUUGUUAGAAAACAAUUAAUGGGUGUUGUAUAUGUUCCUUUAACUGACAAAAAAUCGCAGUGGCCGUCCGGCAGGGAGUAAUUGCCAGAUCAUCUAGUCACGUGAAUUAGUUUGGUACCUCUUGACGAAGGCAAUCUAAUAUUCCUCAUUAAAAGACGUAUUCCCGGAUGAAAUCUGUCUCUAAAUGGUUAAAUUUUCAGUAUUUUUGUGAUCGUGUCUUCAUUCUGUAUUUGUGUUUUGUUCAUUUUGUUAUCGUAUGUAGAAUGUGCAACGUGUUAUGAUUCCUAAUCUAAACUCCUUGAUUAGUAGUUUUUUUCACUAAUUUCUGUAUUAAUUCACAUAAAAAUGAUUUUGCAGCUUGCGAAGAAAUAUUUUUUGUUUUAUUUAUAUUAUUUUUUGAACGUGAUAAGAUCGUGUCUUACUUCUUAAAGUUAUUGUGCUAAUUAUUUAUUUAUUUAUUUUCUAUAGUGACAAUAACAGGACCCAAAGUUUUCAUGUUCACUUACUAAUAAAACGUUGAAAGAAA